AUGUUGCCUUUUUCGCCAUUCACUCCAAUGCUCUUUUUAACCAUCGCCAGUGUUGCAGUCGUCGAUUUGGUGAAAAGUUGCGAUAAGAUUCCUCCCGACGGCCAGUUAUGCCAGGCUAUUAAUGAUGGUACAUUGAAAGCAUUGGUUCUUACUGGGACAGGCUUUACGGGAAAAUGUGGAGUAGCGAUAACUGAUGAACAGCUGGAGAAAUUAAAUGAAGUGUCCGUCAGCAGCGGCGCAAACGAUCUUACUCCCGGUGACAAACAUGUCCUUAUGAUGGUCGGUCCUGAAGAGCAUAAUGAACCUGAGGCUGACGAAAGGAAGAGAUUAGAUAGAUAUGUUUCGCUGGUGUGGUUAAAGACCGAUAUAUCAGGUUUGGAUUUGAAAAAGGGAGUCAACCCUGGGAUUUAUGAUAUGACUCCGUUCAUGAAACCAGAAGAAAAAAAUGCAUCAUAUCAAGUCUAUCUUUUCAAACAAGGUAUUGACGGAAUACAAAUAGAUUUCUUAAUAGAAAGUUAUGAAACUGUAGGGGACGAUGAAAAGUCCUUCUCCCUUUCGAAUUUUGUAAAUAAGAAUUUAUUAUGCAAGCAUUUGUUAGGCGCCUACGAGUUUGGUAUUAAUCCAAAUAUUUUCCCAAAACAAGAUACCCCCAAGCCAAAUACUAGUGAGCAGGAUGACACAACAAAAAAACCAUUUUCUGGCGAUGGUGAUAGGCCAGUUCCUGACAAUAAUCCAGAUUUGAAUGCCUCGCAGUAUGAGGGGAAAAAUUUAGAAAAAAAUAGGGGCAGUGAACCAAGUAACGCUGACAAUAAUCCAGUUUUGACUUCCUCGCAGAAUGAAGAAAAAAAUUUAGAAAAGAGUGGGAGCAGUGAACCAAAUAACGCUGACAUUAUUCCAGUUUUGACUGCCCAGAAGAAUGAAGAAAAAAAUUUAGAAAAGGACGGGAGCAGUGAACCAAGUAACGCUGACAAUAUUUCAGUUUUGACUGCCCAGAAAAAUGAGGGGAAACGUAUAGAAAAGGAUGGGAGCAGUGAACCAAGUGGUUCUGCAAUCGGUUUUUCUUCCUUGUUUGUCAUCUGCUCAGCGGCUCUCAACGUGCUUAUGAUUUUCAAAAUUUAUUGA